AUGAUUUCACUAACUUUAUCCUUUAUCUACCACUCACAAUACUUUCAAUUAUUUCUUGAAUCCGUAACAAUGGCGUCUUCGGGAUACGCUAUGGUGGUCUUGUUUGCUUUGAUCGUUGGAUCUCAUUUGAUUCAGUCACAUCUGGAUCACCGACGACAUCUUUGCAUCUUGACUGAGUCGCCUCUAUUGCGCAUUGCGGCUGCUCCCACGAGCUCCCAUACUUCAUCACCUACUGAAACGCCUUUAGACUAUCCACCAGCUCCUCCUAACUCUCCUAACUCUGUGUCUACCGACGGAUUUCCGGCAUCGUUUCAUUCUGGCUCACUCGUUCCUACCAAAUCUCUUACUACGUGA